AUGGAGUUUCUGAAAAUCAAGAAGUUCAGAAAAUCUCAGAAAACAAAUGGAGAAAAGAAUUUGGCAGACAAAGCAGUGGCUGAGCCCGAGGAACCAAAGCUGAACACUGACGGUCCUGAUCAGUGUAAAUCAGAAAAUGCAGAUUCUGCUGGUGAAGCUGAGGAUGACGAUGAUUUUAUUACCAAUGAGGUUAAGAGGAGGCUGAAAGAAUUGAGAAAAAACAGUUUUAUGGUGCUGAUUCCCGAAGAAGAUUCCUGCCCGGAGGAAGGGGAGGAUGAAGAGGAAGAGGGAGAGACAAGCUCAAACGAGUGGAGGGAUGUGGAGGCAGAAGGUCAGCAAUGGUGGCGUGGUUUCGAUGCUGUAUUUGAAAAGUAUUGUGAAAGAAUGCUAUUAUUUGAUCGGAUGAGCACUCAACAACUUAGAGAAGUUGGCAAAGGUUCACAGUAUACUUCAACUCCAUCUCCAAAAUCUGCAUCAAAAAAGCUGGCUUCUCCCCUUCGUUGUCUUUCUUUGAAAAAAAUUGAAGAACCAGAUGAUGAGACCGAACAUCUUCAACAGCCUGAGAAUGACCCCUACCAGGAUAUUGAAACAGCAUAUGUAGGUCAAAUUUGCUUGACUUGGGAGGCCCUUCAUUGUCAAUAUUCUCAUAUGAGUCAGAAGAUAUGUUGGCAACAUGAUAAUCCUACCUGUUACAAUCACAGUGCGCAAGAGUUUCAACAGUUCCAGGUUCUAUUACAAAGGUUUAUAGAAAAUGAACCUUUUGAGCAUGGCCGUCGGGCUGAGAUAUAUGCUCGCACUCGGAACAAUUUGCCUAAACUACUUCAGGUUCCCAAUAUACGAGGUUCAGAUCAUGAAUUGACUGAUGAUUCAGAGAUAAGAGUUCUUGCUCCUGAUCUGAUCAGGAUAAUUGAAAGCUCUAUCCUUACAUUCCACUUUUUCCUGAAAAGGGACAAGAAAAAGUCAAGUGGUGCUACCAACCAGUUUGGAAAUCAAUACCAGCUUGCAACUCCUCUACACCAGAUUCAAUCAACUCUUGAAAAGAAAGUGGUGAAGCUGAAGGAACUGCGGAGAAAGAAAAAAGGUUGGAAGAAGAAUUCAUGGCCACAAAAGCACGAGGACAUUCAGCUUUUGCUUGGGCUUGUUGACUUGAAGAUGGUAUCAAGGGUUCUGAGAAUGAUGAGGGUGACUAGGGAACAACUAUUCUGGUGUGAAGAGAAGAUGAAAAAACUGGAUUUAUCAAGUAGUAGUUCUUUCUUUGUCCUUGGAUCCAUAAUUGUUGCUUACACAACUGUAGCCUUGAAGACGUCAUCAAAUGGGCUUCUAGAUCGCCCUAUAACUGUUUAG